CAAAGUUAGCCUCUUUCCUUCCCCCGUCCAUCUUCAAAACUGUCCUUCCUUUCUCGAUUACAAAAUUCUCCCCUCCCUUUCCUUGAGCUCACAGCCCUCCUCCGGUUUCACACUUCAGGCCGGAACCGGAAGUCUAGUGGGCGGGGCCCGGCAGCGGAAUACGCAGCGGAGCCGGAGCGGGGACUCGGCUGUGGCCGCAGCCCCUGUGCCUUCCACGGGUCGCCGUGGCUCCAGGCUGAAGGUCGGUCCGGAGGCGGGUGGGCGCGGGUCUCGCCCGGAGUCUCCGGGCGGUAGCCUCGCCGGGCCCCCCGGGCUCCGAGAGAGAUCAUGUCUACAACCUCCGCCGCUUCCUCCUCCUCCUCGUCUUCGGCCGGUGACAUGAUCGAAGCCCCCUCCCAAGUUCUCAACUUUGAAGAGAUCGACUACAAGGAGAUCGAGGUGGAAGAGGUUGUUGGAAGAGGAGCCUUUGGGGUAGUUUGCAAAGCUAAGUGGAGAGAAAAAGAUGUUGCUAUUAAACAAAUAGAAAGUGAAUCUGAGAGGAAAGCUUUCAUUGUAGAGCUUCGGCAGUUAUCCCGUGUGAACCAUCCCAAUAUUGUAAAGCUAUAUGGAGCCUGCUUGAAUCCAGUGUGUCUUGUGAUGGAAUAUGCUGAAGGGGGCUCUUUAUAUAAUGUGCUGCAUGGUGCUGAGCCAUUGCCGUAUUACACUGCUGCCCAUGCCAUGAGUUGGUGUUUACAGUGUUCCCAAGGAGUGGCUUAUCUUCACAGCAUGCAGCCCAAAGCUCUAAUUCACAGGGACCUGAAACCACCAAACUUGCUGCUGGUUGCAGGAGGGACAGUUUUAAAAAUCUGUGAUUUUGGUACAGCCUGUGACAUUCAGACACACAUGACCAAUAACAAGGGGAGUGCUGCUUGGAUGGCACCUGAAGUUUUUGAAGGUAGCAAUUACAGUGAAAAAUGUGACGUCUUCAGCUGGGGUAUUAUCCUCUGGGAAGUGAUAACACGUCGGAAACCCUUUGAUGAGAUUGGUGGCCCAGCUUUCCGUAUCAUGUGGGCUGUUCAUAAUGGUACUCGACCACCACUGAUCAAAAAUUUACCAAAGCCCAUUGAGAGCCUGAUGACUCGCUGUUGGUCUAAAGAUCCUUCUCAGCGCCCUUCAAUGGAGGAAAUUGUGAAAAUAAUGACUCACUUGAUGCGGUACUUUCCAGGAGCAGAUGAGCCAUUACAAUACCCUUGUCAGUAUUCAGAUGAAGGACAAAGCAAUUCUGCCACCAGUACAGGCUCAUUCAUGGACAUCGCUUCUACAAAUACCAGUAAUAAAAGUGAUACUAAUAUGGAGCAAGUUCCUUCCACAAAUGAUACUAUUAAACGCUUAGAAUCAAAAUUAUUGAAAAAUCAGGCAAAGCAACAGAGUGAAUCUGGCCGGUUAAGCUUGGGAGCUUCCCGUGGGAGCAGCGUAGAGAGCUUGCCCCCAACCUCCGAGGGCAAGAGGAUGAGUGCCGACAUGUCUGAGCUAGAAGCCAGGAUUGCUGCGACCACAGCCUGUUCCAAGCCUAAACCGGGCCACCGUAAAACUGCUUCAUUUGGCAACAUUCUGGAUGUCCCUGAGAUCGUCGUAUCAGGCAACGGACAGCCAAGACGUAGAUCCAUCCAAGACUUGACUGUUACUACAACAGAAGCUGGUCAGGUGGGCAGUAGGUCAUCCAGUCCUAGCAUCAGAAUGAUCACUACUACCACAGGACCAACCUCAGAAAAGCCACCUCGAAGUCAUCCGUGGACCCCUGAUGAUUCCACAGAUACCAAUGGAUCAGAUAACUCCAUCCCAAUGGCUUACCUUACACUGGAUCACCAACUGCAGCCUUUAGCACCAUGCCCAAACUCCAAAGAAUCUAUGGCAGUGUUUGAACAGCAUUGUAAAAUGGCACAAGAAUAUAUGAAAGUUCAAACAGAAAUUGCAUUGUUAUUACAGAGAAAGCAAGAACUAGUUGCUGAACUGGACCAGGAUGAAAAGGACCAGCAAAAUACAUCUCGUCUGGUACAGGAACAUAAAAAGCUCUUAGAUGAAAACAAAAGCCUUUCUACUUACUACCAGCAAUGCAAAAAACAACUAGAGGUCAUCAGAAGUCAGCAGCAAAAACGACAAGGCACUUCAUGAUUCUCUGGGACCGUUAAGUUUUAAAAUAUGCAAAAAAAGACUUCUUCUUCUUUUUUUUUUUUCUUUUUUUUAAGGAAAGAAAAACCCUGAUAAUGACAAUCAAGAGUGUUAGCUUUUUGGCGUGUUCUGAAUGCCAGCUGCCUUUAUUUGCUACUUUGUUUCAUCAUUAAUUUUUCUUUUCUCAUGGUGGACAUAAAAUUCAACUCUCUCCUUGCAUAUCGAGGACAUCUGUGACUUGAAUAAUCAGCAGUUCCCAACUUCAAAACAGACACAUGAACCGUGGCUUUAUGUGCAUGCUCUUUGUGUGAAGGCUAGCCCAGCAAAAACAGGGGUUUCAGACUAUAGCUGCUAUGUGCAAACAUCAUCUUUUUUUCGAGGUGGAACCUCAAGAAUGAUUUUGUUCUUGUAUCUCAUCUCAAAAAGUAAAUCUUUUCCGAAAGAUGGUAUAUACCAGGUUAAAAACAGGGUAUGAUAAAUCUAAAAUAAUUGGUGGUGCGUUUUAAAAAUGCAGAACCUUUAUAAGGGAGAGUUGGAAGUUAGGGCUUCGAUGCCAGCGUCCUCGGCCUCAGUACUGAACUUAGUUUCAUCUAUAAAAUAUUUAAAGGUAAGUGGUGGCUGCUGUAUUUAAUAAAAGCAUAUUUCAUUAGACUGAAAUUUGACUAUGAUACAUUAAACCAAGUGGAACCCUUUCUGUAGGGUAUAAAGAUGUUUAAUUCUGUAAUGGCAUGUAUGUGUGUUGAAACUGUAAAGCUUUAUGACUCUAAUACUGAUAGCUCUUAAAUGAAAUUAAAAGGUAAAUCAGCACUAUCCAACUUAAAUGAUCAUUCCUUCCUGUAGUGAUUAUUGGAACGUUUUACUAUAUAUUUGAAAAACUGAAGAGAAAUAAUGGAAAUAAUGGCUCCAGAAAAAAGGCUUGAACUUAGCUACUUUUAUGAUACCAAAUGGGUAAAAAACCUGGCAAAUCAGGAAAUGUUAGUAAGGAAGUUAAAGUAAUUAUAAAUUCAUCAAGUACCCUACUUAUCAAUAUUGGAAUAAUUGAUUUUCCUAGCAAGCCCUUCCUAGAAUACCUGCUGCCUUUCAGUACUUUUAAGGGAAUUUCAACACUUACAAAGAAAAAGUUUUAUAUUGUUAAAAAUAACUUUGCUACCAACUUUGAAAAUAAAAGUAAUAAUAAAACUUCAUUGAAGUAAUAGACUAUAUGAGAUCUAUUUUUUUCAGUUGGUAUUAAAAUAAAUCAUAUUUUGAUACCAGUACAAAAUGUCUUUUAAAUAAGGAUGUCAUCAACCUCAUUUUUGUAACAUUAAUGUUUUUGAAGAAAAAAUUAAAACUGAAAGCAUAACUGCUGUGAUUAUUAGAAUUAUAUAAUGGUUGUAUUGUAGUUUUGCUCUAUUUCAGAUAAGCAAGUUAAUCUAAGAAGUUAUCAAACUAUUCUUAAAAAUGCUAAAGCAGGUAACUUUUUCUUUCAUUAUUUUUUCCUUCUCCCACUGAGUUUUAUAAUGUAUUCUUUGUGUAUACAAGCAAUAAAAGUAAAGGACAGUUUGUA